GGCCCUGGCUUCUUGCACGGCCUUUGUAUAUAUAAAGGCAACACGCACGGCUGAAACCAUAGAUCUGCAACAAAGCUUUGAAAAUUCUCAAUUCUCUACCUAAGAAGUCUUUUACAAUUAAACCAAAAGAAAGAGAAAUAUGGGUGCCUGGUCUGCUGAAAAUGCCACAAAAGCAUACCUCAAAACCAUGAAAUUGGGAAAGAAUGCAAAAGAGCCAAAUGGAGCUGAGUUUAUUUCAGCACUUGCAGCUGGAAACAAUGCACAGCUUGUUAUCAUUGCUUGCGCCACAAUAGUGGAUUAUACAACAUUAGCCCUCGUGGCUGCUGCUCAGCAAACCGGAGGCCGUGUUAUCUGCAUCCUUCGCGGUGAGGAAGAACUUCACAUUUCUGAAAAGAUUACAGGAAGUAACAAUGCAACUCAGGUUGAAUUCGUCUUGGGGGACGCCGAGGCGAUUCUCUCGAAUCGUUACAACGAGGCUGACUUCUUGGCCAUUGAUUGUAAUCUUGAAAACUAUGAUGGGAUCCUAAGGGCAAUACAAGGAAGCACCAGGCAGAACAAUACAAUAGUCUUGGGUUACAAUGCAUUCUGCAAAGGGUCCUGGAGAAAAAGCGGACAGCAUACUCAACUAUUGCCUAUUGGAGAUGGAUUGCUUAUCACCAGAAUGGCUGCUAAUUCCAGAACUGUUCAUCAGAAAAGAAGUCACUGGGUUGUUAAAGUAGAUAAAUGCACCGGUGAGGAACAUGUGUUUAGGGUUAGAUCUCCUCCUGCUAGAUUUGCUAAGGCUUAAGAUCAAGUUUCAACAACAGUGAUCUAAGAGAUCAAACUCUUGGGGAACAGUAUCCUUUGGCCCUUUUUUGGUCAAACCAGUAAAUGUAAGUUCAAAACAAAAUGCAAAUGUAAAUAGUAUUAGGAAUGAUGCAAACAUAUGAUUAAAUCAUUGUUCACAUAAAUCUUUUACUAAUUAAAGUAUCAUUUUUGUCGCCGGAGAAGAUCUCCAGCAAGAGAUGCAAGAAAUCUCA